GUUUUCAAUCAGCUAGUUUGGUCUAACCAAAAUGGCGAGCCUCAUGUAGGGGUCGAGUGUGAUUACCUGUCACAUUUUCAUCACUUUCGCGGAGUUUAUUAUCGACUUAAUUAGCUAUCCUGUGAGCCAUGUUCGCAAGCAUAGCUCUGCGGGCGGCUCUCAAGUCGUCAGCUGGCGUUCUGCGGGAGAGUGGCGCUCUGUGCUCCGCUGUGACAGUGAAGACAUGCAGCUCGGCUUUGCUAUCAGGACCGAGAGUCAGCUGCGUUACAGGAAGCUUUGCUGUUCAACCGCUGGUGAGACAUUAUGCUCGGGCUGCAAAGAAAAAGAAGACAGGUCCUGAGAGCCAGCUCAGUGAUCUUCCUCCAACAAUGCUGAAGAUGGAUUAUACAGCUGUACCUCUCGCUCAAACGACUGAUGAUCUUGUCAAAAGGCUUCUUUCAUUGGAGUUAGCGUGCCAUAGUGAAAAGCUACAGCUGAAAAAGGAACAGCUGAUUGCAAAAGUUCAGAGGGAUGAGAAUGACCGCAGCUCUGUGGAAGUCAAGGUGGCUAUUUUGACGACAAGAAUCCGAAACUAUCAGGAGCACUUGCAAAAACAUCACAAGGACAAAGCUAAUAAGAGACGGAUGCUCAUGGCAAUCGACCGAAGGAAAAAGCUUUUGAAACACUUAAGGCUGGUUCGCUAUGAUGCCUUCGAGAAGGUGUGCGAACAGCUGGGCAUCACGUACACCUUCCCUCCAGAGUACUACAGAAGGGCCACCCGGCGCUGGCUGGCCAAGAAGGCCUUUUGCAUUAAGGUUUUCAAAGAGGUGCAGAAACAGAAAGCAGAGCAGAGGUUGAAGAUGAAGCAGAGUGUUGUCACCACAGAGGCCGAAACAGCCAAGACAAAAGCUGUUGAGAGUCAGUAAAAGAUAAUAAACUGAAACACUUGAUGCUAAAUGCUUUCCCAGAGCAAUGUCUUUAUUUCUAUUAUUCGGAUGUGGUAAUGUGAUGUAAAUUGAUCCCUUUUUCAUGCAUUACCAUCAUAAAAUAUUAUUUCCCUUUGCUUUCAGGCUGAUGUCAGAAUGAUAAGAAAAUGUCAGAAUUCAAAGGAAAUAAAAUGUCUCAGAAAGUUGUAUUGUAAUAAACUGAAAAAUAUA